AUGAACAGUUCUACUGAUAAUGAUUGUCCGAUUUGUUUUGAUCUACUAGAAGAUUUUGGAAAAUCUUGUCCCACCACAUGUACACACUAUUUCCAUACAUAUUGUCUAAAAAGAUGGUGCAAAGUAGGUUUCCAGUAUAUUUCGAAAUAUCUUGCUCAAAAAUGAAUUUUUUAGGCAUCAAGUAACUGUCCUAGUUGUCGACAAGAAAUCUCAAAAAUCGAAACAAUUUAUAAGGAUAAAAGAGGUCGAUACAAAAAGAAAACCGAAGAUAUCACUCCAGCCAAUCAACAAGACAAUGCUGAAGAUCAAAUUGAAAACCCAGAUUGGAUAUGUCAUAUUUGUUUUCAAGCUGAAACUGGAGAUGAUGCGACAACUCUUAUCUGCGAUGGUUGUGAUUAUGGGUUUCAUAUGAAUUGUUUGAUUCCACACGUUCGCCGAAUUCCCGAAAGUGAUUGGUUUUGCCCGCAAUGUGUUAGAUUGAGAGAUAAUAUUGAGGUAAUAUUUAUAAAUAAAGAAAUUGCUUCAGAAAAAUAACAAAACCUUUUCAGCCAGGACCGGAUCAGUGUACCUAUUGUUGUUCUUCAAGAAAUUUGAAUGAUGGAUAUAGAUGUUCUUGUUGUGAGCGAAGGUUUGUGACCAUUCAGGGAGCUCUGAAAUGAUUUUCAUCAGUUUUUUUCCAGGUUUCAUUCUUCAUGUGUCCCACAAUUAGUUCGUGAAGCAAUGAAUCGACACGAUGAAUGGAUGUGUAAUUAUUGUUUUCAUCUUUACGAUCGAGCUGUUUUUGAAGCGGUGAAUCAACCACCUCAGCCAAGGCCUCGAACAACUGCAAGACCAAGGGUGAAUACUGUCAGAGCUCGAAGAAGGAUAGCGAGGCGGAAUGAUUUUAUUGUGUCAGAUUCUGAACCAGAUGAUGAUGAUGAAGAGGAAGAAAGUGAUGGAGAAGAAAGUGACGGAUCUACUGAUUUAGAACAAUGGCCAGAUGAAGGAGCAACUUCGGAAGAGGAAGAAAAUGUUGAUGGUUUUAAUUUUGACGCAUUAGACAAUAUGGUUCUCGAUACCGAAUCUCAUUUUGAUGGUGAUCUUCCAGAGUAUGUGUUUUCUUUUUUAUUUUUUGCUGUAUCAUAAGACACUCCGCCAAGUUUCGAAAAAAAUAUUCUGACUAUCGAGGACGUGUUUUUAUCAAAACACUUCUUCGUUAUUCCGAAUCACUUCAACAGUCCUCAUUCUAAUAUCUUCCAGAGUUAGGAGGCGUGUCAGAAAAUCAAAGACAACUCGAUUCAAGCGUCGAAAAACAGGAAGAAAAGGCAGAAGAAAAUUUUCAAGGAAAUCUAAAAGACCAGUUGAAAAAAAAGAUGAUGAAUCAGAGAGAUCCAAAUCAAAAUUUCCAAUUCAAACAAGUCGAUUAGGAAUAACAUCUGGAUAGUGGGUUUCACUAAUUUUUUUAUCAUUCAACUCCAACACAAACUUUAUUUUCAGCGCUGACAUCGCUGAUUUAGACAUUGAACACGGAGAAGGCCCCUCAUCAUCAUCCUCUUCAAUUCCAACAUCAGCAUCUUCUGGAGGAUUGGAUUUGCUCGGGAAUAUUUUGCAAGAACAAGAAAAAGUUUUGGCACCUGGUAGUUUGUUUGAUCAGCGUGGUGGGAAAUUCGUGCCCAAAGAAAAAGAAUUUGAAAUUUAUCGGACUGAAGUUAAUACCAAAAAACCAGCACCAAAGGUGAGCAAGCCUCUUUGUUUCAAAAUUGCAUUUUUUUUUUCACUUCAGAAACGACCAUGGCCAAGUUUGUCGUCAAAAUCUUCUAACACAUCUUCAAACAGACCUGAACCAAAAAAAUCGAUAUUUGAAAACGAUAAUGAGAAAAAACACAGCGAUUCUUCAAAAAUUCAAAAUGGUACUUCUUCAUCUCACAAUCCUUCCAUUUCUUCAAAUCACUCCGAAGCCACAAAAAAACCCUCUUCGAAAAAACCAACUUACGAAGGUUCAUCAAGAAAAACAAAGGAAUCUUCAACUGGAAAUCAAACUAGUGAGAAAUCUUCAACAAAAAAUGAUCGUGAACGUAGUAAAAGCAACACAGAUAAACCAGAACUCAAACCUGUGAUUGAGAAAAGGCCAGUUGAUGGUGAGUUGUUGUUUGAUUAAAACACAAAUUUGAAUUAUAUAUUUUCCAGUGAGAAAAAUUCCACUACCCGGAGCACCGAAAAAACAUUCAACAUCGACAAGAACCCCAGAUAAAAGUCAAAAUCCAGCCAAAAAACCGAAAAUCGAGCCAGUAGAAGAUAUCCCGUUGCCAUCUUUACCAUCUACGCAAAAUGUCUCAAAUUUGAAUGAUCAACAAGGAAAUAAAAAAAUCAAGACUGAAAUCGUUGAAAAUCAGGGCGAUGCUCAAGUUCACAAAUCUCGUGAGUUUUUAGAAAUCUUUUAUCAAUAUGUUUUGUUGAAUAUUUUCAGAUACUUUUGAUCUAUCAAAAGUUAAAAAGGAGAAAAAAGAUAUUGGAAAUUCGAAGUCGAAACAUCACUCGAGCAAAUCAAAAUCUGUGAAAAAAGAAGUUAGAGACAACUCCUACGAAAGUGCAUCAAAUAAGGAACAUCGUCAACAUCACAAAUCCUCAAAACAUCGAGAAAAAGAAUUGCGUGAUAAAAAAGAUCGAUUACCCGCUGAAGAAAUCGAUGCAAUUGCUAAACCAAUGUUCAAUUCAGCUUAUUUGAACAGGUAUGAAAAAUAUUAUUUUACACGAAAUAUAAUAGAAAUGCUUUAUUUUUCAGAAAAAUCAGCAAAGAAUUGUUCAAGACAGGAAUGCGUGAAAUUGUCAAAACUGCUUACAAAAUGCGCGAAAACAAAGAUCAAAUCAUUGCUAGAUGCAACAAUUUUUUAAAUUCAAUCACUUCAUAA